AAAGGUUUUGGUGACAGGCACCACCAUGCGCAAUGACUAAGUCAGUGGUUGGAUGAUCGGAGCGCUGCACAGACAUUCAGUCCGCAUCAUUCCCUGACAGCUCCCAGAGAGAGAGGAGGAGGAGAGGAACGGAGGCAGGGCUGGAUCUUCAGACUGCAAUAGUGCGGCAUGACCGACACGGUGAUGAGCAGCAGCUCGGGUCGCUGGGUGUCCAAUGACAGGCAGAGUAGCAUGCAUGCCAGCGGCAAAGAACAGGGAAACUGGACCAUGCAGGCAGGCCCUGGUCCUGGUCCAGAUCUGACAGAUGAAGAGAAGGAGAUUAUAAACAAUGUGAUCGCCCGGGCUGAGAAAAUGGAGGCCAUGGAGCAGGAAAGAAUCGGGCGCUUGAUAAACCGCCUGGACGACAUGAAGAAGACGGUGUGUGGGGAUGGAGUGUCUCGCUGUUUACUGUGUGGGGAGCAGCUGGGAUCACCGGGGGUCAGCUCAGUGGUGUGUGAGGACUGCAAAAAGCACAUGUGCACCAAGUGCGGCACUCAGUGUGGCAGCCGGCCACGCGCCGUGUGGCUGUGUAAGAUCUGCAGAGAACAGCGAGAGGUAUGGAAGAGGUCUGGUGCCUGGUUCUUCAAAGGUUUUCCGAAGCAUUUCCUGCCGUCACCCAUGCCGUUAUCCAAAGCAAAAGAAACAGGAGCCCAGGAGGGAGCGGAGGCUCAGAGGCCAGCAGCUUCUGAGCCCCGGAAGACAGUUUCCCAACCAAAACCAGCAGAUGAGAAUGAGACUCAGGCUCCUGCGUCUGAGCAGCAAACUUCAGGAGCGGAGUCACAGGGCCACGCCGGGUACCCACCUGUAGCCCCUAAACCGGUCCUGCGGAUGGCCACGGGCGGGGCUGGGCCUGCAGAGGCGGGGCAGGGCAGCCCAGUGGUGAUGAAGAAGAUGGUGCCCGUGCAGAGCUCCAGACCUCAGCCCGCUGCAUCGGGCGCCAUGGCUCAACAGGGUCCAGCAGCAGGAGAUGGAGGAGCUUAUCCUCCUGGUGCAGCUCCUCCAGAGCAGCGAGCGCCUCCUGCGGUAAGGGAGGAGAGGAGGCAACCCGCUGCCUUCAGCGCUCCCGCUGCCCGGCAGCAGCCUCCCCCAGCUGAGGAGGAGGAGGAGGCCAACGACUAUGACUCUGAUGAAGCCACCACUCUGGGCUCUCUGGAGUUCAGUCUUUUCUACGAGCAGGAAAGCAACAGCCUCCACUGUAGCAUCCUCAAAGCAAAGGGACUGAAGCCGAUGGAUUCAAACGGACUGGCGGAUCCUUACGUCAAGCUUCAUCUGCUGCCGGGGGCUAGUAAGUCAAACAAGCUGCGCACGAAGACUCUGAGAAACACCCGCAACCCUGCGUGGAAUGAAACGCUCACCUACCAUGGCCUCACCGAUGAAGACAUGCAGCGGAAGACCCUCAGACUCUCCGUCUGCGAUGAAGACAAGUUUGGGCACAAUGAGUUUAUUGGGGAAACCCGAGUGGCUCUGAAGAAGCUGAAGAUGAAUCAGAAGAAAAACUUCAACGUGUGUUUAGAGAGAGUCGUGCCUACAAAGAGAACCGCCACAGCUGGAGGAGCCAGAGGGAUUUCUCUCUACGAGGAUGAGUCAGUGAAAGACGGAGCGGAGGUAGAAGAGCGCGGUCGGAUUCUGAUCUCCCUCAUGUACAACACCCAGCAGAACCGGCUCAUCGUCGGCGUCGUCCGCUGCGUUCACCUGGCUGCCAUGGACGCUAACGGCUACUCCGACCCAUAUGUCAAAAUAUGUCUGAAGCCUGACAUGGGGAAGAAGGGCAAGUGCAAAACUCAGAUCAAGAAGAGGACUCUGAAUCCAGAGUUUAAUGAGGAAUUUGCCUACGACAUCAAACACAGCGAGCUGGCCAAGAAGUCGUUAGAUAUCUCAGUGUGGGAUUACGACAUUGGGAAGUCCAACGACUACAUAGGUGGGUGUCAGCUGGGCAUCACAGCCAAAGGAGAGAGGCUGAAACACUGGUACGAGUGUUUGAAGAACAAGGACAAGAAGAUCGAGCGCUGGCACACUUUGUUGAAUGAGAAUCACGUCGCGAGUGAUUAACCACUCCCCCCUCCUCCAUGAAGCAUGAGUUUGCCUUUCCCCGAUCGGUUUGCGUUCAUCUCCUCAGGCACUUUUUUCCCCCCUUCAUGUUGUCAUUUUGAUGUAUUCUUUCACUACUCGACUAACCGCCACACAGGCAUUACUCACACUUGUCCACACUCACGUGGUUUUUUCUCUCUUCUUAUUAAAACUUUCUCUGCUCUGUGCUGACACCUCUAUAUCUGCCUCCGGCGCAAAACAUGGCGUGAAGGGAUUCGGACUUACGUCGAUGCGAGCGAGACGUCCGUCGGCGAUGCUGAACAUGUUCUUUGCUUAAGAAAGCGAAUCGUGACUGGCACUGGCACAGAACAAGAAAAAAAAGCAAUAUGUUAUGGCAUUUGAUAUCAGAAUCACUGUUCAUGCCUGAAAUCCAUCAGACCAUCAGGGUAUCACAUUUCCUUUCACGUGGGAUUAGAUAAUGCUGUAGUGUAACACUUGAACUGUAUAAGCAUGUCAAGCCACAAACAUGAGAAAAACUUACAGCCGCAUCUUCAAAUACUUUAACUGUCGUGAACAUAUUGUAUAUUUCCAUGAAGAAAUGUUUACAUAUUGAUACAUUGCUCAGGUUAGGAUAGACAUCAGAUGCUACAGAUAAUACAUAAGUCUGUGGACCAUGAGCUAGAUGAAUAUUUAUUAAGUUGCUGUUAAUUUGUGAUAUUAAAUUAUAGCACACCUAGUUUAAGGAGAUUUUUGAUGUAUAAUUACUCAAAACUGUGAAUUUUAAGUUUGUGGGAAGUAUUAACUAUGUGUUUAAAUAAUCUAAGGAAAAAAAGUAAACCAUGAUGUUUAUUUUUCACUUAAUUUCUUAGUUGUGAUGAGACUUGGCAGGAAAAAAAAAAAAGGAAUCUCAUCCUGCUACCUCUACUCCUCUGAAGCUUGCGGUUCAAUCUGAAACCUCAGAGGUUUUCUACUGCGGUGUUUACACUGAACGCACACAGUCAGGUUUCUCAACAGGUCUCCCGAACAAAUUUGGCCGGUCUGUGUAACCUGGAGAGAAGUUGGAACGGUUCGUGUCAUAAGUAUGUGCAGCUUUACUUGCAUGCACUGUGCCGUGACCCUUGUGUGCCUGGGGCAGUCAUGGCCCGCUUUUACCCCUGAUCUUACUCUUUGCACAAACGCGGGGCCACUCCCCCCCCCCCUGCCACACCCCAAUCAUUCAAGGCUUUCGUGUGUGUUUGUUCACCAAUCACAGCAAACUAAGGAAAGCACACCUUACAAAGUGGAAUGACCUCAAUUUAUACUUCUGUCUGCAAGUAAUACCCACGACGAAA